AUGAUAGCACCGACGACGCACAGAGAAAACCCGGAAGGUCACCGGGAGCAGCGGGGACAGGGACGGGAACAGGAAGCACCUCCGACGGCACGGAAACGCCCGGAGAAGGGUCCUCAACAACCGAAGGCAGAACAGGCGACGCAAGGGGAGCCGCAGCAUGCAACGGAGUUUGAUGCUCAUAAAAAUCUUCUUAUUACAGAAGAAGUUCUAUCAUGUCUUCCAGACAGAUUAUCUACUUUUAUGGCAGAACAGAAAAACUUAACAGAUAUUUAUGAGCUGUCUAAGCUCGCUGACGAACAUGAAGUGAUAACUAAGACACAUUUUAAAGCUCAAUCAACUAAUUUCACCAGUCGAAGAGAUACUAGAAAGUCUGUAGUACUUCAGAGUGUUGCAGGAUGUAAAACUGUACGUCUGAUAGAUGUUAAUUUGAGAUCCACCAUUACCCCAGGAUUAUGCACUGUUGGUGAUGGUACACAGUUGCCGACUGUUGGUGAUAGUACACAGUUGCCGACUGUUGGUGAUGGUACACAGUUGCCCACUGUUGGUGAUAGUACACAGUUGCCCACUGUUGGUGAUGGUACACAGUUGCCCACUGUUGGUGAUAGUACACAGUUGCCGACUGUUGGUGAUGGUACACAGUUGCCCACUGUUGGUGAUGGUACACAGUUGCCCACUGUUGGUGAUAGUACACAGUUGCCCACUGUUGGUGAUAGUACACCGUUGCCCACUGUUGGUGAUAGUACACAGUUGCCCACUGUUGGUGAUGGUACACAGUUGCCGACUGUUGGUGAUAGUACACAGUUGCCGACUGUUGGUGAUAGCACACAGUUGCCCACUGUUGGUGAUAGUACACAGUUGCCCACUGUUGGUGAUAGUACACAGUUGCCAACUGUUGGUGAUAGUACACAGUUGCCCACUGUUGGUGAUAGUACACAGUUGCCCACUGUUGGUGAUAGUACACAAUUGCCCACUGUUGGUGAUAGUACACAGUUGCCCACUGUUGGUGAUAGUACACAGUUGCCCACUGUUGGUGAUAGUACACCGUUGCCCACUGUUGGUGAUAGUACACCGUUGCCCACUGUUGGUGAUAGUACACAGUUGCCCACUGUUGGUGAUAGUACACCGUUGCCCACUGUUGGUGAUAGUACACCGUUGCCCACUGUUGGUGAUAGUACACAGUUGCCCACUGUUGGUGAUAGUACACAGUUGCCCACUGUUGGUGAUAGUACACAGUUGCCCACUGUUGGUGAUAGUACACAGUUGCCCACUGUUGGUGAUAGUACACAGUUGCCAACUGUUGGUGAUAGUACACAGUUGCCCACUGUUGGUGAUAGUACACAGUUGCCCACUGUUGGUGAUAGUACACAGUUGCCCACUGUUGGUGAUAGUACACCGUUGCCCACUGUUGGUGAUAGUACACAGUUGCCCACUGUUGGUGAUAGUACACCGUUGCCCACUGUUGGUGAUAGUAAACAGUUGCCCACUGUUGGUGAUAGUACACCGUUGCCCACUGUUGGUGAUAGUACACCGUUGCCCACUGUUGGUGAUAGUAAACAGUUGCCCACUGUUGGUGAUAGUACACAGUUGCCCACUGUUGGUGAUAGUACACAGUUGCCCACUGUUGGUGAUAGUACACCGUUGCCCACUGUUGGUGAUAGUACACAGUUGCCCACUGUUGGUGAUAGUACACAGUUGCCCACUGUUGGUGAUAGUACACAGUUGCCGACUGUUGGUGAUAGUACACAGUUGCCCACUGUUGGUGAUAGUACACAGUUGCCCACUGUUGGAGUUGAGAGAAACGUAGAUGCCAUGACUCUAUUACAAGAAGUCGGGUUGGCAGAAGUUUUCCUGCUCACUCCAAAUUUAGAAUCAGUUGACCCAGAAUCUGAUGUCCGGAGUGAGUCUGUUGUAGCGGCCCCGCCUCACCCUAAUAUUGUUGGUAGUAAAGAGGAGGAGGCCAAAUUACUUGUUACUUGCCCGCUCGCUUCAGAUUUCGAAUCAUUUGAUUUUUGUAAGUUGAGUAGAACUGACCCCAAGAUUUCAGAGAAUAGCCAGGAGACAGUCUGUACUGUAGUUCCAGUAUUGAAGAGUGUGGGAGAGAAGUCAGAGGAUCAGCUUCUAAGUCAAAUUGGUGUUGAAGGAUUUAAUCAGACUUUGGAGCAGAUGUUCAAGGUUCCAGGUAAGGAAGUCACUUACGGAGUGAAAUCCAUGAGGAUCAAAUGUGAUGGGAAGCAGAUGUCCUUACCAGGGCAUACCCAGGAGUCCAUAAACCACUUUACGUCCAGUCAGCUACAAUUAAGCUGUUCAGCUCCUGAAAUAAGGA